AUGGCCAAGUUAUCCCACCAAAACAAUUCUAAUACUACUAAUAAUAUUACUGCAAUGAAGCCCAAAGUGAAGGUGAAACGAACCAGGAAAACUGUCCCGAGAGACUCACCACCUCAACGUAGCUCUAUUUAUCGAGGGGUCACAAGGCAUCGAUGGACGGGCAGAUAUGAAGCUCAUUUAUGGGACAAGAACUGCUGGAAUGAAUCACAAAACAAGAAAGGAAGACAAGUCUAUCUUGGUGCCUAUGAUGAUGAAGAAGCCGCUGCACAUGCAUACGAUUUGGCAGCACUCAAAUAUUGGGGUCCAGAAACAAUUCUUAACUUUCCGUUAUCAACGUAUCAAAAGGAACUGCAAGAAAUGGAGGGUCGCUCAAGAGAAGAAUAUAUCGGAUCAUUGAGAAGGAAAAGCAGUGGUUUUUCUCGAGGAGUUUCAAAAUACAGAGGAGUUGCAAGGCACCAUCACAAUGGAAGAUGGGAAGCUCGCAUCGGCAGAGUUUUUGGAAACAAAUAUCUAUAUCUUGGUACAUAUGCUACUCAAGAGGAGGCUGCAACCGCAUAUGAUAUGGCAGCUAUUGAAUACAGAGGUCUUAAUGCUGUCACAAACUUCGACCUAUGUCGUUACAUAAAAUGGCUAAAACCUAAUGACAACGACAAUAUUGAUCAGCAGCCUUAUAAUGAUGAUGUUGAUGCUACAUUGAUUCAAAAAAUUGAUGACGAAUCUGCUGGAUCUAGCUUCAUCCACCACCAAGAGCCUCCAAAUACAGUUGAUGCCAUCGUAACUCACCGGCCACGCUCAGCCACUGCAACUUCAGCACUUGGACUUUUACUUCAGUCAUCAAAAUUCAAGGAAAUGAUGGAGAUGACUUCAGCUGUUGAGUGCCCAUGCCCAUCCACACCACCGGACUCUGACCCACCACAAUGCAGCUUCCCUGAUGAUAUACAAACAUAUUUUGAGUCUCAGGACUUUAGUAGUAGUAGCUAUGGUGAAGGAGAUGAUAUAUUCACCCAACUCAACUACUUCAUGCAACCAUUGUGA